AUGCGAAAGUAUGAUUCUAUUUUACUGGAUCCUUAUAUUUUCUCCUUCUAUGUGAGAUUUUACAGGGAUGUACAAAUGACAGAUGGUAAAUUUAUGGAAACUAGUGAUUUUGUGGCCUUUCCACUGAUUCCAUACGAAGUUUAUUCAUUUUCUACAAUCAAAUCAUUAACACUUGACAGUUCUUUAUUUGAUUAUGAACAAACUUCAUGUUUAGAUGGUCCAGACGUAUCAGAUGCUCAAAAUUUUAGAUGGCUUUCUGGAUAUUCAAACUUUUCACAAACAGAUCUUCUAAUAAUACAAGGGGUUACAGGAAGAACUCAAAUAAGUGCUAAUUAUUCUAUAAUUUCUCAACAAGUUGGAAAAUUCUCUUCAAAUUUUACAGAUCUUUCGUACUAUUCAAUUUCCUCUUUACUUUUGCCUUCAACAUGCUAUAUGUGUGAGACAAGUGGCUGCUUUGGUGAGGAUUUCUCUCCAGUUCUAGAUUAUUGGAUUAUACCUCAAUUCUUGAUUGUAUUUUCUUACUUUGUUUUGUUCUUUGGAUUGAAACUUUACAAAAAGCCUGCAAUGAUCAGAAGAAUUGGAUUGCCAUACUGUUCACUAUUAGGAUUUUCUCUAAUGAUAACAUUCACGGGUUUAUCUAGGACAUGUGUUGGAUUCUGGUAUAGUGUUUCCUUAUUGGUAAUGAUCUGGUGGUUUUUUAUAUAUAUUACAACAAUUGCACAAUUUUAUUUUUUGAGGAAUCUAUAUUCUCUGAUAGUUAGAUUCCCAAAAAGAGAGAAAUUAUUGAAAAUGAUGGCUUCUAAGAAAGGUGGUUUCCUAAUGACAGUCGUCAUGACUUUUUUCUUGUCCAUUAUUGUAAAUUGUGUCAGUACAUUUUUCUUCAUUAAUGAAGAUAAGUCAUUGGCUGAUAUUUAUAGACCAGUUGUAAUAUUGGUUUUACUUAUCCUGCUCUGGAUUAUUGGAUUAGUGAGCGUAAUAUAUGAUGUCAUUACUCAAAGAAAAUCUAUUAUUCGAGAUGGUUUGAGAAAAUUCUUUUUCUAUGACGAUCCUUUUUAUCUUAGAGUCGAUCUUCUCACUUUAAUCCUUCCUGUCAUCAUUGCUAUUACAUCAGGUUUAGAAAAUUUGUUAGUAGAUUCAUCAAAUACGUAUAUUGUUCAAAUUUUGGCAGGAAUAUUCAACACUCUGGCUUGUUUUAGUUUUACGUUAUUGAGUGGUGGGAAUGUUCUAAUUAUUGAGAUAUACAAAAUGAUAGCCAAUAGAAAUGUGAAAAAGAAUGAAAGUUUAGAAAUUGAAUUGGAAAAUUCUGAAAUAUUGAAGAUUUUUAAGGAAUAUUGUCAGAAGGAGUUUAGCUCAGAGAAUUAUGAAUUAUAUAUUAUUUUGAAAUCAUUGAAGGAGAGUAAUGUUGUAAGGUUAACAGACAUGAAAGAUAUUGAAAGUCAGUUUAUACAACCUUAUUCCAAGUUUGAAGUGAAUAUUCCAUCAGUUUGUAAGAAGGAGUUUUAUGCUUUGAUGAAAGAUUGUGAUAAAGAUGGGCAAAUAGGAUACGAAAGACUGUGGGAUUGUUUAGGACCUGAUUUAUUGCUAAACCUAUCUGAUACAUUUAAGAGAUUACAAGAAACCUCUACUUACAAAAAAUGGGAAUCAGUUCAAUCCUACACGAAACACAUAACAGAUGUAAACCCUUAA